AUGGGCAUCCACAGUAUCCAAGGCGAAAGCCUUCAGCGCAUGAUCGCCGUGCUGGGAUCUGUCGCCUUCCUAGUCCAGGGAUACAACCAAUCCGUAAUGAACGGAUUCACCACACUCCCCAGUUUCCUAGCGGCGAUUCCAGAAGUCGACACCGUAAACACGACCGGUGCCCAAAAGUCCCACAAUUCGACAAUCCUAGGUCUGGUCGUGGCCAUUUUCGAGCUUGGAUCGGCCCUCGGCGCCCUUUCUUGCCUCGCUGUUGGCGAUCGGCUCGGUCGUCCUAGGACUAUGUUCUUGGCAGGAUGUAUUUGUAUCGUUGGAGUUAUUAUCCAGGCGUCGACUUAUUCGCUGGCGCAGAUUUUGGUUGGGAGGAUUGUUACCGGUGUUGGCAUUGGGAUGUACACGGGUACGGUUCCCAUGUACGUGAGCGAGACCGCUAGUGCGUCGAAGCGUGGUCAGCUCGUUUUGGUAGAAGGCGUGUUCGCGUUGAGUGGUCUCGCGAUAGCCUCGUGGGUUAAUUUCGGCAUGUUUUAUACAUCCGGUCCUGUGAGCUGGCGAUUCCCCAUCGCUCUACAGCUGGUUUUCAUUGCCGUUCUUCUUUCCCUGACUCCCUUUCUUCCGGAGUCGCCUCGCUAUCUCAUCAAGAAGGAAAGAAUCGAAGAUGCCACGGCUAUCAUGGCCAGACUCAUGGGCCUUGCACCCACCGAUGUGGAAGUUGGAAAGGAAAUCGCUGUCAUUCAUGCUGCCCUUGCAAGAGACGCGGGUCACCGCAGCAAGUACUCGGCCAAUCCGUUCUCAAUGAAUGAGAACAGACAUCUUCAUCGACUCUUGAUCGCUGCCAGCAGCACCAUGAUCACUCAGAUGACUGGUAUCAACGUUGUCGCGUUCUACUCAACCUCCAUCUUCGAAGGAACUCUCGGCUACUCUGGUAGUGAUGCUAGAAUCUUCUCCGCUUGUUUGCAGGUUACCCUGGCGCUCGGUGGUCUGACUGCCGUGUUCACGGUCGACAGAUUCGGUCGGAGACCCUUGAUGCUGUUUUCCGUGGCCUGCAUGUGUCUAUCCCAGGGUGCAGUUGCAGGCUUGACCUCGGACAAUUCAAACACCGCUACUGGUAAAGCAGCUGUAUUCUUCUACUUCUUGGCCGACUAUACUCUACCAAUUGGCAUGUUCAUGAGCACGUUUAUGUAUGGUGCCGAGGUGGCGCCUCUUGGUAUCCGCCAUAUCAUCACUGCCUUUGGUGCUGCAUCUAGCUGGCUUUUCAAUUUUAUGGUUGCCGAGGUUACGCCUGUUGCUUUUGACAAUAUAGGUUGGAGAUACAAUAUUGUCUAUGCUGCUACUAGUGCUGCGGGAUGUGUUGUUAUUUUCUUGUUCUACCCUGAGACUAGGGGAAGGUCUCUUGAGGAGAUUGAUGAGAUAUUCCUUCAGUCGAAGACAGUUUUCGACCCCGUCCGAGUUGCGAAGAAGCUCCCUGUUGGGCUUGAUGUGAUGGAAAUGAUCGACGCGUCGGCGAAGGAAGCUUCUCGGACGGAUGAUAUAGCUUGA